AUGGAGGAUGGUUUUGUUUUUGUGGAUCAGUUCGGCGGCCGGGAGCGCAGUGCCUUCUUUGCGGUGUACGACGGACAUGGCGGUCGCCAGGUGGUUGACUUUGUCACCCGAGAGUUGCACGAAAACCUGCUGCGGGAGCUGCGCAAGACAGACUCACCAGCUGACGCCCUGCUGCAGGCUUUUCGAGCCACUGACGAUGACAUGCUCCGCAGGAACAUCACUUCCUCGGGCUGCACUGCAUGCUGCUGUCUUCUGCAGGAAGAAAUUAAUGGGCGCGUGAUCUACACCGCGCACUUGGGGGAUAGUCGUGCUGUGCUGGCACGAAGCGGAAUGGCGACGCGAAUGACGUCCAUGACCGACCACAAGGCUACAGACCUGCUGGAAGCAAAGCGGGUCAUUGAAGCAGGCGGGCACAUCAUCAAUGACCGUGUGAAUGGAAUGUUGGCCAUGACGCGCGCGCUGGGUGAUCACGUGCUCAAGAUGCCAAUGCUUCCGAAUGAUGUGGUGAGCAACGUGCCUGACAUCACUUCGACAGAUCUGACGAAGCAGGAUUCCUUCAUAAUCCUCGCUUGCGACGGCAUCUGGGACGUCAUGAAUGAUCAGCAGGCAGUCCAGUUGGUGAUGGAGUGCAUGCAAGAGCUGACUCCCGUUGCUCGGCAGCUGGAGUCAGAGGGCCGGUCAUUGGCAGAGAUUCUGGCACGCAUGCUGGUAGAGGAAGCCUUGGCGCGUGGGUCCAACGACAACAUCAGCUGCCUUGUGAUUUUCCUGUGA